AUGGAAGUCCCUGCUGUGGACGAUACGAUGGAAAUGGCCUCGCCCUACCAAGGGCAGGCCGAUGAUUUCGAUAUUGAUAUCGACCUCAUGGAGGACCAUCCUUCGAACAUAGACAGCGAGAUGAUGGGAGCUGAUGACUACCUCGCCACUUCUCAACCUACUGACUAUAAUCCCGAUGCAAUCAACGAUGCGGAUAUGGUUGACGGUGUAUCAGAGGGCUCGAUGGUCGAUGCCGACGAGACCUACGUGGAAGAAGACCACGACAUCGAUGUCCAGGACGGAGGCGAACAACCAUACGAAGCCGAAAUGCAAGAAGGCGACCAGGGCGAUGGCGCCAAGACCCCCGUUCCCACAGUCCACGUUGAAGGUCCUGUCGAAACUGCACAGGACACAGCAGCAGAUGAGACCUCAGUUGCUGCGAAGCCAGUUGAAAGCGACCAGGGAUAUCCCCAGGGUCUAGAAUCAGAACCCCACGUGGAGAGCAGCGUGCAGGAACUCGAGCAGCAAGACCAAAGCGUUCCCUUGGAACCUAGCAAGCCCGAGCAGGUUCAGGAUGAAGAAAUCGAGAACAUCGAAAACGAUCUCAACAUUGAGGAAGAACAUCUCGGCGCAAAAACUAAUGAAGCAGCACAAGUCAGUGUUUCCGAUGCCGAUGAUGCUCUUGAACAUGUUGAAAUGCCCGCCGAGAUCCAAGAACAUGGCCAAGCCAAGUCGGUCGUCGGUGAAAAUGAAGCCGAAGCUGCGGAUCAUACUGAGCUAGAGCAUGCACAUGAGGCGGAUGAUCAGCAUCAUGCAUCCCUGCAUCCGGUGAAAGUCAUCUACCAGGAGAACGUGAUUUCUCUUUUUCCGCCCCUGGAAGGCGAUUCAUCCGAGACCUUCUUUCUCCACGAUGAAAAUGUGGUCUACGACGAUGUUAGCAAGGUAUUCAGUGCCUUGCGCGAGGUGCUCCAGGAUAAUGUGGCGGAUAACGAAGUCCUCAUUAUGGAUCUCGAUCCUCUAGGUAUUCAAAUAAUGGAGGUAAGCCAGAUUCUUUCCCUUUUUUUCUCUCUCCCACCGACCGGUAUGCUGAUUCAUUCCAUCCAGGACUCUUCGUACACAUCCAAGGUGUCCUUGCACCAGAUACUGGAUUUGUAUCUUAAACUUUGUCACAACGAUGGUUCCAAUGAGCCUGAAGCUUUGUACCUGACACUGUCUACCAAAAUGACGGUUUCGGCCGAGAUUGCGGAUCUUCUUGCUGCCGCCAACGAAGGAAAGGGUCUUUCCGAGCUCCAUGGGUGGGACGAGACUAAUAAGGUGGCUCCUAUUUCUGAGGGAGUUGCCGACUCUCAUGAGACUGAGCAUACUGAAGAGACUUAUGAGUAUCAGCAAGACCAGUCGACCCAUGAAACCAACAAGGCCCCUUCAACCGUACAGGAAGAACCUGUGGCCAGUAAUGAACCUAGUGAUCAGGUGCCCGAAGUCCAUGCUGUUCAGGAACAACUAUUGGAAACCCAUGGCGAUGAACAGCAUGACCUUGAUGGCCACGAAGUCGAGGCUGUUGAGGCUGUCUCUAAAUCCGAAGCUGCUCCUGGGAAAGAUGAGGUACACGAGGCUGAGGGAUUGCAUCACGAAGAACAUGUGCUUCACGAUGACGAAGAGUUUUACGACUCUGAAGGCCACAAAACUGAGUCAACCGCUACGGUUGCUGCACCAUCCGGUGCAAAGGAGCCCGAGGCGCCAAAUGAAGAGGUGUCUGCAGAUUCUACGGACCCUAUCUCAAACCAUCAUGGUGAGCUGUCUGAAGGUGAAGAUUUUGGUGAUGAAGAUAUCCAUGAACAAGGAGAUGAAACCCAUGGGCCCGGCAACGGUCUUGAGGAAGAGGAAUUUGAGGGUGACUACCCUGCAGAGGACAACGGUGAUGAAGAAGCCGAUGGCAUCCUUCAUGAUGACUUAGACCCGGCUCAUGACGAAGAACACAUAGCUGGCCCUGAUGGUGGCCCUCAGGCUGGCGAUGCCGCCGCCGAGAUCUCUCAAGAUCAACCGCACUCCAUGUUGGAGGACGCGCUGCAGCACGUUUCUGCACACGAAGAGCAAACCCCCGAGCCUGCAGAUGAUCUGCUUGGCAUCGCUGAAGAUUUGAUGCAGACUCCUGCCAAGAAUGACCCAAGCGGUGAUCUUGAGCACGCCACGGGUGCCGAUGAAGAUGAAUUUCCCGACGAUGAACUCCUUACUCCCCCUCCACUUGCCGGAGAUGCCCCCGAUGAGCAUCAAUUCGAUGAUGACGACUAUUUCGACCUCGAGGCUUCGGGGGAUGGCGAGCUCCACGAGACCGACCUGGGCCUGACUGAGACUCCAUCGCACGAGAACGGAUCCACCAAACGAGCGCGGGAUCUCGAAGACGAGUGGGACGAGGAAGAAACUACAACGCCUGACACCAAGAAACCUCGAUCCUCGUAA